AUGGCCUCGACCGCAGCCCCGAGCCCGUCAGGCUCAGACCCGAAGACAUCAUCCUCUCUCUCAUCCUCAUCUACAACCAGCACCUCCUCACAAGCAAAAGCAACCCCCCAGGCCCCGAGCCUCUACCUCGAGAACGACCCGGCGCGCACAGGCUUCGACCCCAAGACGCAGUGGUGGGUGAACUACUUCAAGAUCCUGACGGGGCAGGUGACGAACGAAGGGGUCUUCCACUACCGCGAGUCGCGGUACCGGGCGAACGAGGCGCGCGACGUGCGGCGGUGCGAGGAGUACCGCGACUGGCUGUUCGCCUACUCGCCGACGGUGCGCUUCCUCAACGACAAGAUCGCCGAGCUCAACCACGGCCAGGGCAUGACCCCCUCCAACGUCCUGUGCCGCCGCUGCCCGGCCCGCCUGACCGCCGACGGCAUGCAGGUCGAGCGCCAGAGCGGCGGCUUCGAGCCCGCCCACGGCAUCCUCGUCUGCGCCAACGAGGUCCGCAACCGCGGCCACCUCGAGGACACGCUCGCCCACGAGAUGGUCCACGCCUACGACCAGCUGAGGUUCGAGGUCGACUUCCGCGGGGAGAGGGACCUGCGGCAGGCGGCUUGUACGGAGAUUCGAGCCUCGAUGCUGAGUGGCGAAUGCAGGUGGACGCGGGAAGUCUUCACGCGGGGCAACUACACCCUCACAGAGCAAUUCCAAAAAUGUGUGCGGGCGCGGGCGGUACAAUCGAUGAUUGCGAGGCCAUGGGUAAAGAACGACGUGCAGGCCGUCAAGGUCGUCAACGAGGUCUGGGACUCGUGCUUCUCAGACACGCGGCCCUUUGACGAGGUGUAUAGAUGA